AUGCCUCCCACACGCUCCAAGAAACAGACGGCCGCCCAGCCCAAGAAGCAGACGGGCACACCACCUAAGAAGAAGGCCGCCACCCAGCCCAAGAAGCAAGCCGCCGCCGCCCAGUCCAAGAAGGCCACUGCCGUUGAAUCCAAGAAGACCGAGAAAGCCCGAUCCAAGAAGGAGACCGACGCCGAGCAGGUAUCCGGUGCCGGUCCCAAGUCGACACUCAAAGCGCUCGAUUCGGACGAGUACGGCCGCAACCGCCGCAAUCUCGCCCCUGCCCCUCCUCCCGACAAUGCCACUCUGGCCGCGGAGAUCAAGGCCCUGAAAGCCGCCAACGCCAAGCUCGCGCGCGAGUUCAAGGCGUACUGCACCGAGACCAAGAAGCAGAUCGCGGCACUCAAGCUCCAGAUCGAAACGAACCACACCAAACACGGCACGCGGAUCAAGCAGCUUGACGAGGACGUCGCGGAGCUCCAGAAGGCCAGCGACCCGUUCGACUACGACGCCGUGACCGACGACGAGAGCAACGCCCACAUCGACGACUAG